AAAGGAAUAGUUUUGCAUCACAUUUACGUCCGAGAACAUCAGUGGAAAGUUUCCUAAAGAAAAAAAAACAGACUUAGCUUAAUUAGCACAUCACAGAACGACAAACAAAUCUAGAAUAAUAAUUAUAUAUUAAUAUUUAAAAGUGGUUUUUAAUUAACUAAGAGUUUUGUUGUGAAGUGUCAAAUUAUUAAGUUUGAAUUAUGAGUUACCCGAAACAGGCGCCUUACAAUAAUGGAGCAAAUGCUCCACCGCCUCCGUAUGGUUUCCAGGCACCUCCACCGGCUGCACCCCCAAGUUAUUCCCAGGCCAUGGGCGGGGUGCCCCCGACGAGCCCUUUUACUGCCGCCAAAUCACCAUUCCCUCAACAGCAAACCAGUCCACCGAUAGUGACCACAGUGGUCCCCGUAGGUCCACAUUCUACCCACACAGUUUGCCCUACGUGCGGGGCUGAAAUCGACACUGCCACUACCACCGAGCCGGGAAUUAUCGCAUAUGUCAGUGGCGUAGUUAUUGCCUUGUUGGGAUGCUGGCUCGGUUGCUGCCUAAUUCCUUGCUGCAUCGACGAAUGCAUGGACGUGCAUCACAAAUGCCCAAAUUGCAAGACUUAUUUGGGAAGAUACAGAAGGUAAAUGGAAACAAAUCUUUCUUUUGGGGGACAAGAUUCUAAAGAACUAAAGAACUAAAGCAUCCAUCCUAUAAGUAUACUAACUAACCAAUCGAGCAACCCUUCACUGUAUUUGGAGAUUUUUUGGCACCUAUUGGCACGAUAAUAAAUAAUUAA